AUGCCUCACUUCACAAACCUUCUUUUGAGAAACAUCAUUAGCAGAAAUCUAUUUGAUACCACCAAGAGGAAGCAAUGCCUGCAGUAUUUGAAAACCCUGAGAAUGCUGCAAUACGAUGGAUUUAAGACCGUAUAUUUGGGGGAAGCUGAAAUCCCUGAAAGCCUUGUCACUGGGGAAGAUUUUAAUGACGGAUAUUACAUUCAGACUCCAACUUGGUGUAUUGUGCAUGCCGGUGGUAGUCAAGGAUGGGUGCCCUGGAAAUAUCGGAUGUUCCUAAGAGAUGAGUUAUGCGUCAAACAAGAAGACAACCUCUUCUUCGAGUUCUGUGAUGCAGCAAAGAAGGCCUAUGGGAGGUGCGCCAUUGUGGUCAAAGAGAGAAGGCUGCAGGAUGAGAUGAGGCCAAAGGAAGAUAAAGAGUCAGUCAUUAACUUAACGAGCAUCGUGUGUUGCCCUGAGGUGGCCAAGUCCUGUGGCCAUGAACUGCUCUCUCUGCCUUCCCUUUACAAUUACCUGAACCCUUUAGACACAGCCUGGUCUUUUCUGAAAUGGUUUAUCAUCAAUAACAGAAAGGAGUUUUGUUUGCAGUCCAUUGACAGUGUCUAUUCUUACCAGUAUAUACUUUUAAGUGAUUUAAUUAGCAAAGGGAUUGACAGGAUAAACCCAAGCAAAUGGAAAACACUAACUAACAAAGUGCGGAGAUGGGAAAACUACUAUCUUGGUAAAUUUUCUUGA